AUGCGAGCACUUGAGGUGGUGAGCGGGCGACUGGUGGAGCUCUGGACCUCUCGGCCUCAGGAAGCCGAGAUGUGGCUGGGCCGGUGCCAGGAGCGCUUCGCAACAAAACUGGCGGGCAAGUCGACGAGGCAUGGGUUCCUCUUCGAGGCGUUGCGCUGGCACUGCGCCGUCGAGCUGGGCAAGUAUGACAGGUGGGGCAACUGUCGUUUUUCCGAUUCGGGGCUCUGUCGAGGAGACCUGAUCCUCUCAGAGCCGAUCCGGGAGCAUUGCGUGGCUUUGUACCUACACUGUCCCCACGCCUGCGAUCGCUGCUACGAGCUCGCAAAAAGGCUCAUGGACUCGAUUUACCCGUUCAAUCGCCUGGUUGUGGCGGAGGCGGAGCUCGGAGCGUGCGAGAAGCAACGUGAACAGCUCGAAAACCGGGCUGCAGCUGCGGAGUCAGCAGGGGCGGAAAUGGGACGGCAGCUCUGGCACUUGCACGAGGAGCAUAUCAAGUGCCAGGAGCAUUCCAAGGAGCUCGUGGCCCGAUUGGAGGCAGAAGCAGUUGAGCAUGCCAGCUCCAAGGUUCGUCUCUCACAGGCCGAGUCCGAUGUCGAGCGCCUGCAGGAGGAGAGCCGCGGCUUUCAGGAGCGCUGCCAGCUCGCGGAGGUGCGCUUGGCUGAGGCCCCGAGCCAGACCGAGCUGCAGGUCGAGAAGGCGGUGCUCCAGCUGCAGCUGACUAAGGCAGAGGCCGAGAGAUCGGCGAUGCUCGGUCAGCUUCUGGAGUUGCGCGAAGAGAAGGGCAUGCACAAGGAACGCAUUCGUGAGCUCGAGCGCCAGCUUUGUGAGGCGAGGCAACGCCAAGCCCAUGAUGCUGGUGGCCCCUCUCGCCAUGGCGUGCAAUUCAGUCAAACGAGCUCCAGCAGCCAGCAGGCGGAUCUUGCCGAGCAGCUGGGGUACAGCUUCGUGGACGAUGAUGGCACAGCAUCUUCCGUCUUGAGCUGCUCCUCGUGGUUCUCGGUGAAGCCGGACGCAGUAAAGCCCCAGUGCUUCAUGGUCGACGCCAUCUUCAAGACCCGCAGCUACGGGGCGGACUUCUUCUUGAUGGGGAGGGACCUCAAAAAAGGGUCGCAGGUGGUGGCCGGAGACGACGCGAGCAUCCUCGAGGUGGCCAAGACGCCGGAGAUCUGCGAUGCCCGCGAGGUCGUGGAGUUGCAGGCGGGCGCUGCAGUGCUGCAGGUGACGCCGGACCACUUGGUGCAGGUCGCCGAUCCAAAGGGUAAGGCGGAGGACAACCUCUACCUUGCAGCUGGCAAUUUGAAGACGGGCGACCUCGUGAUGCUCGACUCCGGCGAGGUGGCGGCCCUCACCAGCGUCGUCAUGCGGCGCAUGCCCUGCCAGGUGCUGAAGAUCGUUUUUGAGCCCUACCUGCCCGUGGCCGUCUUCUCCCGCCCCGCCUGCAUCCUCAGCUUGGGCCAAAAGAAGAAACCACCCGUUCGUCGUGGUGGAAAGAGCCAUGCAGGUCCGGGUCCCUCGGACGACAGCAUGCGUGGAGAAGUUUCUAUCCCGAUCACGGCGGGCGAGUACAUGGACUAG